UGGCCGUUGAGUUGACUGUGCUUUAUCGCUUUCGUUGUAAAUCGGAUACGUUACUUCUAUUGAGCACGCGCGCAAAGUUCGGACGAAAGAUUUCUAUUGAAAACGAGAUCGUAUUCCUUCUGUGAACGUAUUCAAGCCGCGAAGAAUGGAUCCAAGGGCCGAAAUAGCGGUAGGUCUUAAUAAAGGCCACAAAACGACCAAAAUCCGUGUGGCGAAAAAUAAAAAGGACAAGGAAAAGACCGUAUGCGUUUUAACAGCUAGAUUCAAAGGAAGACAAACUAAACAUAGUAAGUUUGUUAGAGAUCUGAUCCGCGAAGUAACUGGACACGCACCGUACGAAAAGCGUGCUAUGGAAUUGUUAAAAGUAUCCAAGGAUAAGCGGGCAUUGAAAUUCUUGAAAAGGAGGUUGGGCACACACAUUAGAGCUAAGAGGAAACGUGAAGAACUUGGAAACAUACUUGUACAAAUGAGGAAAGCUGCUGCUCAUCAUUAAAUAAUGUGCUAUUAAAUUUUUGUAAUAAUACGCAUCAAUAAAACAUACAUAAAAAAAAA